GGAGGCGGAAACGCGGCACGUGAUGAUCCACAAAUCGAGCGCUCUCAGAGGAAAGACGUAUAACCCGCUGCAAUUCCCGCGGUUCAGAGACCAGUCCUCUUCCGUGUGACAGCGCUGAACGCACCGUUAGCAACUGCAAGCUACACUCACUCCUCGGGAAACACCCGAACGAUAGUCGACAGCGUUUUCUGUCACGAAGUGCAGGUUGUCGUGACCAGGAGAAGGUCUCGCGUUAGUAACUUAUCCGUUGAAGCUCCCAGGAGAAGUUCUCGCGGUAGUAGUUCCAGUGUUGAAGCUCUCAGGAGGCAGACGAACAAAGUAGAAAUGCCUCCUGUCGAGAAGGACGCGGGGAAGACCGGACUCAAAACCCGAAUACAGGAGCUCAUCGAGUCCAACCAGGUGGUGGUGUUCAGCAAGAGCUACUGUCCGUUCUGCGUGAAGGUCAAAGACUUGUUCAAAGACCUGGACGUGAAGUGCAAUGUGGUGGAGCUGGACCUCGUUGACGAAGGCACCAACUACCAGGAGCUGUUGGUGGAGAUGACCGGGCAGAAGACGGUGCCCAACGUCUUCAUCAACAAGACUCACGUAGGAGGCUGGGAUAAAACUAAGCAGGCCCACACUGACGGCCUGCUGCAGCAGCUGCUCAACCCCGAUGCAGAAACCUACGACUACGACCUCAUUGUCAUCGGAGGGGGCUCUGGGGGCCUCGCCUGCUCCAAGGAAGCAGCCACUCUGGGGAAGAAGGUGAUGGUUCUGGACUACGUGGUGCCCACCCCCAAAGGGACCACCUGGGGUCUCGGGGGUACGUGUGUCAACGUGGGCUGCAUCCCCAAGAAGCUGAUGCACCAGACGGCCCUGCUCGGCACGGCCAUGCAGGACGCCCGCAAGUAUGGCUGGGAGUUUGACGAGAGCGUGAAACACAACUGGGAGAUCAUGAAGGAGGCCAUCAACAACUACAUCGGCUCGCUCAACUGGGGCUACCGGGUGGCCCUCAGGGACAAGAAUGUUAACUAUGUCAACGCCUACGCAGAGUUUGUCGAGCCACACAAAAUAAAGGCCACAACAAAGCGUGGGAAGGAGACCAUGCACACGGCGGCCCGGUUCGUGCUGGCCACCGGCGAGAGGCCGCGCUACCUGGGCAUCCCCGGGGACAAGGAGUUCUGCAUCACCAGUGACGACCUGUUCUCCCUGCCCUACUGCCCGGGGAAGACCCUGCUGAUAGGGGCGUCCUACGUGGCGCUGGAGUGCGCAGGCUUCCUGGCGGGGCUGGGCCUUGACGUCACGGUCAUGGUGCGCUCCAUCCUGCUGCGUGGCUUCGACCAGGAAAUGGCCAACCGCGCCGGAGAGCACAUGGAGGAGCACGGUGUCAAGUUCCUCCGCAAAUACGUGCCUGUCAAGGUGGAGGAGCUGGAAGCAGGGACUCCAGGAAGGCUCAGGGUCACCGCCAAGUCCACGGAGAGCGAUGAGCUCCUGGAGGGAGAGUACAACACGGUUCUGAUCGCCGUAGGACGAGAUGCCUGCACUGACAAGAUCGGGCUGGCCCAGGCCGGGGUCAAAGUCAACCCAAAGAACGGGAAGGUCCCCGUGGACGACGAGGAGCAGACCAACGUGCCUCACAUCUACGCCAUCGGUGACAUCCUGGAGGGCAAGUGGGAGCUGACGCCCGUGGCCAUCCAGGCCGGCAAGCUGCUGGCACGGCGCCUCUACGCCGGGGCCUCCCUCAAGUGCGACUACGUCAACGUGCCCACCACGGUGUUCACGCCGCUGGAGUACGGGUGCUGCGGCCGGUCGGAGGAGAAGGCCAUCGAGAUGUACGGAGAGGAGAACCUGGAGAUCUACCAUUCUCUCUUCUGGCCCCUGGAGUUCACCGUGGCCAACAGAGAUAACAACAAGUGCUACUCAAAGAUCAUCUGCAAUAAGCUGGACAAUGAGCGGGUGAUCGGGUUCCACUACCUGGGUCCGAACGCCGGGGAGGUGACGCAGGGCUACGGUGUGGCCAUCAAGUGUGGCGUCACCAAGGAGCAGCUGGACAACACCAUCGGGAUCCACCCCACCUGUGCUGAAAUGUUCACCACGUUGGACGUGACCAAGAGUUCCGGGGGCGACAUCGCCCAGGCCGGUUGCUGAGGUUAAACCCUGCUAGUUCAGUGCCGCUGCCCUCACCUUUUAACUCUCUCCUGCACACGGCUUCCCAUCAGCCAUCUUGGCUAACCACAGGCCACGCCUCCUUCUACACUGGCCAAUAGUAUCCCCCGAGGGUCGCUCAGACACUAAGGGGCUGACCGUCCUUGCGUGGGGAAUGAUUUACCAAACGGCAGGUAGGAUGGUGGUCUGUGUGUGGCUGAGAGUGGUCAGGAGUGGAGGUCUACAUCGGUGAGGGCAGCCUCCUGAACAGCGGGGUUACUCUGCUUCCUGUUGGGUCCUCCCAUGUCUCCUCCCAGAAGAGCACCACACACUGUGUGUGGGGCUGGUUUAUGAAGUCCUGGCCUGUAACCUCUACGGAGGGGGGCGAGGACCGAUGUCCUUCUGAGGGGAACACGAGGGGGCCUCAUGUCUUCGUCCAAUAGGUGAUCAGAAUGAACAAAUGGUGUCGGGCUCCAGGUUGAUUUUGUAUCCUGAAAUGGAGUGCUUGUUUAAUUUAUCUUGAUAAACGUCCAGAAGGCAUUUGGUAGUUGCAAAUACGCCGUUUUUAGAACUACUGUUUUGAUUUGGCUCUGAACCCAUGCCGGGUUCAUCUCGACUUCUCAGUGUCAACAGAGAAGGUUUAACUUGCUUUUUUUUUUUUUUUUUUUUUUU